AUGGCGACUGACCCGCUACGGCUUGAUGAGGAAGAAUAUCGAGUAGUCUACGAGAAUGGCUACAAGACCUGGUCGGCCUUAAUGGAGGAGGCAUCUGACGAUCCUGGGCUUCCUCCAGCCAGCUUGCAAGUCGAGCAUCUCUUCCCUGAGCAUCCCUACUUUCCAGUUGGACUUGAACUCGAUGACUCUGGAUUGUUGACAGCCUCAUCCACGUGGGUUCCUGGGACAGGAUCCUGUGAUUUGUCAUCUUUCGAGCAGCCUUUCCAAAUCCUGCCGUAUGUCGCUACGCCUACGAGAUUGUUCAUGUCGACCAAGGCACCCGUACCACCGUCCGCGUGGUUCCAGCAAUACGACAAUCAUCUCACAGUUCUCGUUUUGGCAUGGGCCUAUGCUCUAUCGGCUCGUUGGGCCGACAUCAUACCUCAGGCGUCACCGCUCGAGUAUACCGAUAGCCAAGCCGAGUGGGUGGCCAGCCAGUCCUACGACAAGAGAACACGGCCAAGAAUCAACACCAGCACCAGUGCAACGCCAGAGGAACCAAUCUGGGGACGGGACCUCCGGCAAUUUGACAGACUCCUAACAUUAUCAUGCAACGCCCACGGCGUGAAAUCUAUCCUCGGGAGCAUCUUUUACGAACCUGGGAUACUAUGCAAUGCCUCUGGCCCAUGGCUACAAGGCACUCUCGCUGUUCUCCAGUCCAGAAAGGCAGGGGAUCUAGAUAUUUUGGCUCGCAUGUUCUCCCUUCGGAGCCCCCAUUUAAGUUUCCUAUGGCUCGGUGCUAUUAUCGCUGGCCUGCAUAGGGGCUUCUUGAAAAGUCUCGGAGGACUCCUCGGUCUCAACAGGAUUGACCUUCACGAGGCGGCCUGGACCGGAACGGUCUUAUCUUUCGUGCAGAACCCCGUCCCUCAGCAGCAGGAAAGGGCCACCUCAAUCUCACGCCAGGACGAGUUCACAUUGGCAUUCCUUACUCAGGGAAUAUCCAGGUAUGGAUUCCCACCGAUUUAUCCAUAUCCGCCGCCGGGGUCAACGACAAUCGAUGACCUAGAUCUUGAUGUGCGACUUCACACAGCAUGCCCAGGUGGGCACGGGCUGAAGUUUUCCAAGAUCACAUGGAUUCGCCCUCGACCAACAUCGUCUUCCAUGACGACUGUUAUUCCAGUUGACUACACCCAGCUGGACCCAGAUAGGGACAUUUCAGAGAUCUCCACGCGCAAUAUCUUCAUGUGGAUGCGGGAGAUGGAUGGUUUCCCCAUCAACGAGCGAGAGAUUUAUCAGCACGAAUGGUUUGGGGAUGAUGACUCAGAUGACGAUGAGAGGAACCGUCCAGAAGGAGAUGUAGGAUCUUCGAUGGGUUGCAACUUGGCCGUCACGGUGGGUGGUUGGGUCUCUGGUGUUAUGGUUGCUCGGUGCAACUCUCUUUAG